AUGACUAACAGCAGCCAUUGGUUGUCUCCUGUACUGCCCCUCACAAGCUUUGGCAAUGUGUUGAUGUUUAUUUUCAGCAUUUCUCUGGCUACAUCUAUCAUUGUCCUCAACGUGUCUGUGUCCCUCUCCAUCCUGCUGAACAAGGCUCUGCGCAGCGAGAACCGCUUCAUGUAUAUGCUGAGCACCUGCCUCAGUGACAUCUGCUCCGGUGUGUCCUAUUAUUAUGCCGGUGUUCUUGACGUGAGAGAUAGCUUCGACUCACCUACAAGAACUUUUUACAUUGUACCCACAUUCCUUGGGCUGUCUUACAUGGCAAUCCUGGCCGCACAGGCCGACAGGUACCACGCGGUUGUAUCACCUUUUAAAUACUCCCAGCUCAUGACCCGAAACCGGACCCUGCUGGUCAUCUUCGUCUACUGGGUCUACGCUUUCCUCAUCGUGGCUGUGUACAACUUGGUCACAGUCGGGAUGGCCAAGAGGGUCACGAGCAUGGGUACGUUUGUAGGAAACAUAUUCACGGUGAUUAUAAUGAUAGGGCUGAAUGUUAGGCUGUUCAUUAUAGCUAGGUUCCAGCUAGGGAGGGAGCCGCCCUCUGAGGAGAGGGACAGCAAGCGCUCCUCCGUUUAUCUCAUACUGGUGGUGGCAGUGUUUUUCUUAGGGACGUGGCUUCCUAUAUUCAGUCAUAUUAUUGUCUGCAAUUUCUUUGGUUCCACCUGUUAUAGCUUCAGAAAUGAAGGCACUGACCCUCUGCGCAUUUUGCCCCGAGUUAACGCUGUUCUGACCCCCAUCCUGUACAUCAGAGGCUGCUCUGCGAUCAGAGCCACGCUUCUCACCAGAGUGUGGAGACACUGCUGCAGGAAGAAGAAGAGGGUGAUGUUGGACGAGUCUGAAUGUGCACGCAAAAGUUGCAGUACAUGA